UCUCUAGAAUUACAAAUAACUUGUCAACUUCAACUAAAAUAACAGUAUAUAGUACAAUUAUUCAGCCUCACUUCGAUUAUUGUGCCUCCAUUCUUCCUUUAUUUAAUCUCAACAAGUUAAAUCAACUUCAAAAACUACAAAAUCGAGGCAAGUGCAUAAUAUUAAAAACUAAUUGUCUUACACCAAUUGCCACAAUGUUAAAUUCUCUUCAAUGGUUUUCGAUUCAGCAAAGGUUGUAUUACUUGACAAUUAUGUUUAUUUAUAAAAUAAUUCAUUCUUUGGCUCCAUUCUACUUUCAUCAAUUUAUUUGUUAUCAUGGGGAUAUUCAUGAUUGCAGCACAAGAUCAACUAAUGAUAUAUACAUUAAAAAAGUUAAUUAUUCGAAAUCAC